AUGCCCGCCGUUGUGAUCAACAGCCAUCUUCAACAAUUGUCUUCGUCUUCUUCCACCCGUGGCUUGCCGUUGCCCACCACUAUCACCACCACCCCCAACCAGGACGACGACGACGACCACCCACGACGACCACCUCAUCCCAUAUCUCCUACCCCCUCCCCGUCACCAUCCCCAUCAUCUGGUCGACUGUCCCAAGUCGUUGUAGUACACCCACACCUGGUCCCUGUUCUGCUAUCUUCUCUAGUACAGCAGCAGCAGCACUAUUUACAACCUAUCGCCAUCGCCAGUUCCACCCAACAUAACUGCACACACGCAUAUACAUACAUGCACACGCAACACCCGCUCACUCACCCUCGGCCCAUAUAA